GAUUCACUGAGCAUGCUCAGUCAUCUCCGUCUGCUAGAAAGAGGAAGCUAGUUUACAUAGGAGUCAUACCAAGCAUAGCCUGCAUGUCAGUGCAGUUAACUUGCAGCGGGCUGUGAGGAGAAUUAGCAUGUCUUUGUCCUAGGAAGUCUUUGCCAUUCCAGUUUCCCCCUCCCCCGCCCGAAAUUUGGCGUCAGAUCUGUAAGCAAUUUUUAAUUGCAAUUGGACACAAUACAUUUCAAACUCUGCCUUCGUUUCUGAAGCCUUUGAGGGGGAUUUCCCCCCCCUUUGCCUUUCUUUUUUUAAAAAACUCUGUUGUGGUUUUUUUUAAUAUACUUUGUUUUGAUUAGUCGGAGGCUGGGCCUUGAGCUUGUGGAACUCGGGAAAGAGCCAGGAGCUACUCGCAACAGCAUUUCCCCCGUGUUUUUGUCGCUGAUUUUUUUGGGGUGUGUUCAGGGCGGAAGCAAGCAAGCUGGUCUUCUUUGCUAGCCCACUCAAUGCUAUUUAUGAAGAUGGACCUGUUGAACUACCAGUACUUGGACAAGAUGAACAACAAUAUUGGCAUUCUCCGCCAAUAUGAAGGUGAAGCUGCUCUAAGAGGAGAACCCAGAAUGCAGUCCCUCCCAGUAUCAGCGGCUGUAACCAACCAUAGGACAGGGCCACCCCCGAUCAGUCCUUGCAAGAGGAGGUUCAGUAUGGACCAAGGAGAUGAUGACCUAGACUGUGAAAACGAACACGUCUCUAAAAUGAGUCGAAUGUUCAGUCCCCAUCUAAUGAAGGCUGCCAAUGGGGAUUAUCGAAAAGAGCACAGAGACAGAAGUCGCAGUCCAAUAGAACGGGCUGCUGCACCAACAAUGAGCCUUCACACCAACCACAUAUAUGCCUCAAUCCCAAGCUUACCCAUGGAUCAACCUCUAGCACUGACCAAAAACAGCAUGGAUGCUACCCGGUCUGUUAGCAUCACUCCUACAAUGACGUCAGUGGAACGGCAGCAGAACCGUCCAUCUGUAAUCACAUGUGCCUCUGCAAUCAAUCGUAACUGUAAUCUAUCUCAUUGUCCAAUCGCGCACAGUGGAUGUGGAACUGCCAUACCAGCGAGUUACCGGAGACCAUCUAGCACUACCACUGCCUGUGAUCCAGUGGUGGAAGAGCACUUCCGCAGGAGCCUUGGCAAAAAUUACAAGGAGCCAGAGCCAGUGACAAACUCUGUAUCCAUCACUGGAUCAGUCGAUGACCACUUUACCAAAGCACUUGGAGAAACGUGGCUUCAGAUCAAAGCUGCAAAGGAUGGCGUGUCCAGUAGUCCCGAGUCUGCCUCUAGAAGGGGGCAGUCGUCUUCUCCUCCUUCCUCCCACAUGGUCAAUCAUAAUCAUUCCCCUUCUGUAGUCUCAUGAAGAGAGGACCACAGUUUCUUCAUCUGAAACAUCAGUUUGCAUGGUUUGACUGAGCUUGGAGCAGUGCUCAAAUUGAAAUAGUGUUUGGGAGGGAGGAUAUGAGAGAUUAGUUUCAAACACAUUUUGUGUUUAUUUGCUUGGGGUUUUUUUUUAUACGUGUGCCCUUAUAAGAUGAUAGCAGGAACUAUUUGACUAAGAAAUAAAUUUUAUGAUGUAGCACUCUUUUUUUUUUCCUGCCUCAGUUACCAAAGAAACCUCUGAUGCAAAUCUGCUGCCCCCUUAAAAACAAACAAACCACAGAAGGAAGUUAAUGGGCAAAAGUAAAAUAAAGUAAUAACUUUUUAAAAAGCCAUUCUGUACAGUUGGUUGACCCAAAUGCUGUGUGCUUUUGGUUAGCUUCUUGAGAGUAGAAUUUUGUCUGGGUUUUGCUUCCAUUGCUUUUGUUUCCCUUGUGAAGUAACUUUGUAUGUAUAUACUUGAAAAGAACUGUCAUGUAUGAUUUGCACUAUUGGAGGAGGUCUAGAGUUGCAUAGCAACUUCGUGCACGAUGCUUAUAUUCUGAGGGCAAACUGCUUUGAAAAAAAAGUCUAAAGAUGAUUUUUCUGUCUCUCUUUAAAGCAAGAAAGCAAAAUUUGCUUAGGAAGGGGAAGUCUCAUACAGGUUAUAGGUCUUUCUCUCUAUUAGAUUUCAGAUGCUUAAUGCUUGCAACUGGACUGCAUAAUUGACCGAUUCAUGGGCAUUUUAAAUGUUUCUUAACACUGCAGUUUGUAAGAAUAGAGCUGAGGUCAGAGGGUUCAAUAGUGCUUAAAGAUGCAUGUUUUAUGAAAAAAAUAGCUGGUAUCUAUUAAUGUAUAGACAGUAAGAAAUAUAAUACUUAUUAGCCUUCGUUGAGAACUAGUUUUAUUUUUAUUUUUCAGUAACAGUCCUAGAUAGACUUACUGCUGGUACAGUUGUACUCUGAUAUUUGUAUUUGAUAUUCACUUUAGUAGCAGCCAGCAACCAUGGACAGCCUCAGGUCAGGCCUCAAAUUAAGCAGUUUAUAGUAUAUAUACAAUGCUGUGGGGUACAUGAUUCUAUAGUUUCUUUCAUUGCUGAACGAUUUAAAAUCUGCAUCAUCAUCUGCUUCAUACACAGUUAGUUAUGAAAAUCUAAAGAAUAUCUAUGAAAGCUACCAGUUGGAGAAAACUGCUAUCUUGCUAAAUAUUUUUACCAGGACAAGAUUGCCUUUCACAAUCUUAUUUUUGAGGCUGCUUAUAAACCUAGGCCAAGGCACCAGUACAUUCCUCGAUUUAAAAAGAAAAUGAAAACACGGUUAUAAAUGUGUUACUUGCAUUUAUUUCAUUUGCUAUAUUAAUAGCCACUAACUAGGUAAUAGAGGCAGCAUAAAGAACAGACUUGUGUUAGUAGUAAUGAGCUUCUCAGCUUUUUGUUAAAUGCAGCGGCCCACCCACUCCUUAGCCACACCCACACAUUCCACCAAUCCCCAGUACAGUCACAACGAGGGCUUUUUAUAUUGGGUUAUCUGACAAGACUGGUUAUAUUGAGAGUUUAUGAAUAGGUGAAAGACAGAACUGCAUGUGAUGUAUUCUGGGCUGUGUUACAGUAUUGGGUCCAUACUGGCUUUUACAUUUGUUUAAAAUAGUAAAGCUAUUCAAUAUGAAAAAGGCAUAGGUGGUCAAGACGCAGAAGAUAACUUGUUUUGUUUCUGUUGUUCCAUAUUAAGUGUGACUGCCUAUUUUUAUUUUUGAAAAAGCAGGAAAAGGACCCUUGCCACCCAUUUCACUAUCUUCAUACUGGGUAUUCAGUGCUCUAUCUGCUUUGGCAUUUGGUACCCUACUCCCCGUAAGGAAAUUGGAGAAAAAAGAACACACUUUUUUAUAUAGGUAACUUUAAGACCAUCAUUACGCUGUGCGUAAAGAAUGUACAGAGAAAUUUGUAGGUAUUUUUUGAGGAACAAUUAAUUUGUUAAUGAUAUGUAGCUAUUUAAUUUUUCCCUUUCCUUUACUGUAAUCAUUCUCUCUUUUUUUGUCUGUUUGGAGAAAAAAGUUGAUCUUUUUUUGUUUGUAGAUGUCUGUAAUACAGUAAAAGUGCAGGAACACAGUUAUUCUAUGAGAACACUGCAUUAGCAAUUAAUAGCCACUAGUGUGUUAUUGCUACAGGCUACUGAGCGGUCUAACAGGAAAGUACUAAUGACUGUAGAUGGGACUCUGAGAUAUGUAACUCCUUUGACAUUUCGUUUAAGCACAAUGUUACAGUAUCAAGUUUACCUAUCUGUGAUAGGUAAAUGGAUUUGUGGUGGGGCAAAGAUUGGCGCCUCAUCUUAAAUACACAAUACUUGGAAGUAAACUCUGCUGAUUUUGGUGGAGCAUACUUCCAAGUAACUGUGCUUAGGAUUAUAGGCUCAGUGAGAUGUGUUGUCUCCUGUAUAAUCAUUUGAAAAUAAAGACUCUAUGGGAAACAUAAUUACUCUGAGAAAGCCAAAGGGGUUGGGGUGGAAAGAGGCAGAGGGAGAGUAACCUCACUGUUACAUGAAGUUUUUUUCACAGAGCCACAUUAUCUACAGUUCAGCUUGAACAAUGCUCUCCGUGUUUGUAAAUCUGUAAUAUAUCAUUCUUUUGUGGCCUUGUUUCACCUGGAGAUUUUAAAAAAAGGUUUGGCAGGCCAUCUUUUUUGUACUUAAAAGUAGCCUUAAUGAACAAUAAAGUGCUCUUAAAUCUCA